CUCCCACCCCUAUGAAAUUCUUGAUUUAACCGCGUUUCCCUUUUUUCCCUGUUGGGGGCGCUGUUUUGUACGAAUGCUCGGCAGCUGCAGAAGAAGGGAAGGUCUGUCUAAUGUCGUGUCCAGCACGUGACGACGUCUCCGCCACUUUAUCGGCCGUCGCAUAACACCGCACGCUCACCAGAUGCGUCCUCCGCAAUGAUGCCGCAGCCGCCGCCUCGCCGCCACACCGUGUCCGACGCCGCAGUCGUCUUCCUGCUGCUGUGCCAGCUCCGCUGCGUGGCGUGCUGGUCGGACGACGGCGCGACGGGCGUCCCAGCCGAGUGGGUCCUGCUGCACGUGGUUCAGGGCCAGGUGGGCGCGGGCAACUACAGCUACCUGCGGCUCAACCACGAUGGCGCCAUCGUGUUGCACGUGCUCAGCGUGACGGGCGACGCCGACCUUUAUGUGUCGGACGCCACGCUGAGGCCUAGCUUCGACGCCUACAAGCUGCAGUCGGCCACUUGCGGACGCGACGCUGUGGCUGUGCCCGCCGAGUUUGCCCGACCGGUGGGCAUCGCCGUCUACGGGCACCCGUCUCAUCGCCGCAGCGACUUUGAGAUGAGGGUCUACUAUGACCGCGGGGCCGGCGCGUAUGACCCGUUCGGUGCCGAGGAUGGCCACAAAACGGAGGCGGCGGCGACCGAGGACAAGCAAUUCGAUGAAGACGACUCCGUGUUCUGGACUAAUCUCAUCAGACUUUUGGAAAUCAUUCUGGAAAUCCUCUUUUGAAUCGAAUCACAAGUUUUCUGGGCACUCGCGGCCAAAUUUUUGCCCUUUUGGAACUCAGUCACUACGGCUGAAACAGCUCUUCAAUUGGAGACACCAAAACACGUGCACUAUACGGACUUCUAGCGUGAUGAACAUCAACAAAACCUCCUCGACGGAUCCCAGCCGAGUGACGAACACCUCAGAUGCGUUCUGAGAGUUGACGCAACAAAAGAGACACUGGAGUUUGAUCCACUGGCAGAAAACGGUGAUUAACAACAACAACAAAAAAAAACAUCUCCAAUGGCAUUUUUUUGUCUAAUUUUGAUAUGUCAGCAUCUGGUUCUGGCUCGGCCCGUCUGUCAAAUUUUAAAAGUAAAUGUGGCCCCUGAGCCAAAGCAUUUGCCCAUCCCU